AAAAACUCCAGUCUUGAUCCAGUCCGUCCAGUUGGUCGUCAAUCGCGCGCGCGUGCACAACGCUGCAUAAAAACAAAAGCAUAAAUAAAUAUUUUGUAUAAGUUGAGAAGACUCUCCAGUAGAUAAUUCGAGCGGUGGUGAAUGAGAAGGACGUCGACAUGGCGCAGACCCACGAGCGCCGCGAACGAAACCAAAAAGGAGAAAUGAGCGGUGUAGAGCAAGCAAUUCAGAUAGCCGGCAUCGCCUGCGAUGUCGUCGUGUUAUUAUUCAAAUUUGUCUACUUCUUCUUCGAGUCAAUCUACAGGAAGUUUGUUCCUGCAGUGGAGGAAUCUGUUAAAGGAGAAGUUGUUUUGGUGACUGGCGCAGGUCAUGGCAUAGGCAAACAGUUGGCAACCCAAUAUGCAUCGCACGGCGCAACUGUCGUGUGCUGGGAUAUUAAUGCUGAGAAUAAUGCUGCAACUGUUGCUGACAUCGCCAAGAAGGGAUAUCCUAAAGCGUACAGUUAUUCUUGUGACGUGUCAAACCGGCAGGUCGUUUUCGACACAGUUGCAAAAGUGAAGAAGGACGUUGGAGACAUCACAAUCAUCGUAAAUAAUGCUGGUAUUAUGCCGACGCACCGCCUCUUGGACCAUACCCAACAAGAAAUCGAGCGCAUCUUCGGCAUUAAUGUUUUAGCUCAUUUCUGGAUUAUCCAAGCAAUUCUUCCCAGUAUGAUCAAAAACAAGCACGGCCAUAUUGUAAAUAUUUCCUCAUGCGCUGGUUUGUUUGGUUUGGAGAAUUUGGUGCCGUACUGCGCGUCCAAGUUUGCCGUUGUUGGUCUCUCCGAGGCACUCUACCAGGAACUGAAGCUGUACCCCGGCUGUAAUGUAAAGACCACGGUUAUCUGCCCGUACAUGGUGGAUACUGGACUGUGCAAGAAUCCUGUGAUGCGUUUCAAGUCCACCAUGCAGAUGGAGACGCCCGAGGCGGUCGCUGCGGCCGUUAUUAGCGCUCAGCGUCGUGGCGAGAAGGCGAUUACCGUACCAGACUGGUAUUUCUAUUUAUCUACCACUGUCAGGACGUGGCCAAUGAACAGUGCCGACGCGCUGAAAGACUUCCUAGGUGCACGUUUGGAGUCUGAUCUUCAUUGAGUUUCAGACUACCUGUUAUAAAAUGGCAGCGAGCCGCUAAACAAGUAUACAUAAACAUUUUUGUUUUAUAAAAUAUAGAAAUUUUCAGUACCAUGUA